GAACCGGUUGUGUGCGUGUAGCCUGUAGCCUUUCCAGUGGCUAAUUUCAGCAUGGCUGCGAUUGGAGUUCAUUUCGGGUAUACAUGUGCUUGUGUGGCGAUUUUUAAGGAUGGACGGGCUGAUGUGGUGGCUAAUGAUGCAGGCGACAGAGUGACUCCAGCUGUGGUGGGUUACAGAGACACCGAGCAGAUUGUAGGGAUUGCAGCAAAACAAGGACGUGUCCGUAACGCUACCAACACAGUCGUAAAAGUGAAGCAAGUGCUAGGAAGAAGCUUUGAUGACCCUGAGACACAAGCUCACAAAGUAGAGACCAAGUGUCAGGUGGUCAACAGAGGAGACAAGCCUUAUUAUGAGAUCAAAGUUGGAGAUCACACAGAGAAUAUUGCUCCAGAAGAUGUUGCUAAACUUAUUUUCCAUAAAAUGAAAGAAACUGCUCAAUCGGCGUUGGAUUCUGACGUUACAGAUGCAGUGAUUACUGUGCCUUUUGAGUUUGCACAUGCUCAGAAGAAUGCCCUCAGGGAGGCGGCUGAGGCUGCAGGUUUCAACGUGCUGAGGCUGAUCCAUGAACCAGCUGCUGCUCUGCUGGCCUACAACAUCGGGCAGGACUGUCCAUCAGGGAAAAGUCAUGUCCUGGUUUAUAAGCUGGGUGGAACGUCUCUCAGUGUGACAGUGCUGCAAGUUAACGGAGGAAUGUUCCGGGUUCUCAACACCCACACUGACCACAGCAUCGGAGGAGAGAGUUUCACCCAAGCCCUGGCCCAGCACCUCGCCACGGAAUUCAAACGCUCCUUCAGACAUGAUGUGAGCACCAACGCUCGGGCGAUGCUGAAGCUCAUGAACGGUGCAGACAUGGCCAAACACUCGCUGUCCUCGCUGGGAUCUGCCAACUGUUUUGUUGACUCUCUGCAUGAUGGCAUUGACUUUGACUGCAAUGUUUCCAGAGCUCGGUUUGAGCUACUCUGCUCUGCUCUGUUUAACAAAAGCAUCCAGCCAAUUAGAUCCUUGCUGCAGGAGGCAGGCCUCUCCACCAACGACAUUAACAAGGUGGUUCUGUGUGGCGGCUCUGCCAGGAUCCCUCGUCUCCAGCAGAUGAUUCAGGAAAUGUUUCCUGAAGUGGAGCUUCUUAGCUCCGCCCCUCCUGAUGAGGUCAUCGCCGUGGGAGCGGCCCUGGAAGCUGGCUUGUUGGUCGGCAAAGACGGACUUAAUGGGGAAGAGUCAGAGACUGUGGAUGUUUCUGCUGCAGACAUAUUACUGAAGGAGGUGGAUGAAUGUGGAGCCACAGUGUUCAACGUUCUCCUUCCAUCUGGGACUCCUCUCCCGGCUCGUAGACAUCACGUCCUGAGUGGAGGAGGAGAUCUGUCCUCCCUUUGUCUGGAGAUCUACCAGAAAUGUGGCACAGAGGAACCAGAAAAGCUCGCUAAGAUUAUCUUGAGAGAUCUGCAGCCAAAAGAAGAAAACCAUGACAUUGACACAACUGUGACCAUGAAAAGGGACGGAUCUGUUCAUGUGUCCUGUGUAGAACAGAGUAGUGGAAGGUCAGAGGCCAUCAGUAUAGCGGCUGCAUCGUAAAGACGCUCAUCUGCAGUUGAUACCACACACACUGCUGUUUUGUUCUUUUAUUUUUUCUAUUUGUCAUUGAAUAAACAAAAUGGAACUGUG